AUGUUCCACUCGGAGGAGACCAUACCCGUCAGAAACAGUGUGAAGACCAGCGGUCGGCUCUGGAAAAGGAGCGAGGAUCAACAGUGUUUCAGAUUGACAGCUUUCGGCCAGGACUUCACAUUGAAUUUGAUUCCGGAUGACUCGUUUGUUGCUCCAAAGUUAACCAUUCAGCACAUACAAUCGAAACAUCUGGCUGCGCUUUUCAACGGAACCAGAUCAGGGCAUUUUACCGGUGGUAUCACCAAGACAGAGGGGAAUGGGGACGAGUUUAAAGGCUGCUUCUUCUCAGGGAAUGUGGACACCGACCAGGAAUCUGUUGUCGCGGUGAAGGAUAAAAGCCGUCUGGCCACAGAUGACGGCACUGCAUAUCCUGUUGAUGAUGCUGAGAUAGCGACGGGACGGAAGCGACGGUUUGUCUCCUCUCCAAGAUAUAUCGAGACGCUGGUCGUAGCCGACGCUUCAAUGACACAUUUCUAUGGAGACGAAAUAAAGCACUACCUGCUGACUCUGAUGGCAGUGGCGGCGCGGGUCUACCACCACCCCAGUCUGAAGAACUCAGUGAGCCUGGUGGUUGUGAAGAUGCUGGUGGUGGAGGACGAAGAUGUAGGGCCCCAGGUGUCCAGCAACGGAGGAAUGGCCCUCAGGAACUUCUGUAACUGGCAGCAGCUCUUCAACCCCUCCAGCCAGAGGCACCUGGAACACUACGAUACGGCCAUCUUAUUCACCAGACAGGACAUCUGUGGUCAGAGGAGCUGUGACACCCUGGGGGUGGCUGACGUGGGCACCAUGUGUGACCCCAAGAGAAGCUGCUCUGUGAUAGAGGAUAACGGUCUUCAGGCCGCCUACACCGUGACACACGAGCUAGGUCAUGUACUCAGCAUGCCUCAUGACGACUCUAAUAACUGUAUCAGAUGGUUCGGACACCUGGAUGGGCCACACAUGAUGGCGUCUGUGUUCUUUAGCCUCAACGAGACUUUGCCAUGGUCGCCAUGUAGCGCCCGCUAUGUCACAGAGUUCUUCGACAAUGGAUACGGUGACUGUCUGUUGGAUCCUCCAGAGCGGACUCUCCCUCUCCCUGUUGAUCCCCCUGGUGCCUCCUACAACCUGGACCGUCAGUGCCAGCAGGCCUUCGGGGAGGAGUUCACCCUGUGUCCGGACACCCCAGAAGACCAGACUUGCAGCCAGCUGUGGUGCCGGGAGGAGGGCCAGCCACACUGCACCACCCGGAACGGCAGCCUGCCCUGGGCUGAUGGCACGCUCUGCUGGGCUGGGGCUGGGACCAACACCACCUGUCAGGGAGGUGUCUGUGCUGCAGUGACUGAUCAGCAGAAAAGAGAGGAGCCUGUGGACGGAGGGUGGGGUGUGUGGGGCCCCUGGGGGUCGUGCUCCAGGUCAUGUGGCGGAGGGGUGGAGUUUUCCCAGAGAGAAUGCACUGAUCCCAAGCCACAGAACGGAGGAGCAUACUGUGCGGGACAGAGAGCCAAGUACCAGACUUGUCACAUACAGGCCUGCCAAGAUGAGCAUGGUAAGAGCUUCAGAGAUGAGCAGUGUGAGAAGUACAACAGCGACCGAUACCUGGACAUGCAUGGGAACAUGAAGCAGUGGAUCCCCAAGUACAACGGCGUCUCACCACGGGACAGGUGCAAACUGUUCUGCAGGGCAAGGGGCAGCAAUGAAUUCAAAGUCUUUGAGGCCAAGGUUGUUGAUGGCACCACCUGUGGCCCAGACACCACCUCCAUCUGUGUCCAGGGACAGUGCGUCAAAGCUGGCUGCGACCAGGUGAUCGGCUCCAGUGUGAAGCUGGACAAAUGUGGCAUGUGUGGGGGUGAUGGAACAACCUGCAGGAAGAUCACUGGAUCGAUGAAUAAAGCCAUAUUCGGCUACAACGACAUUGUGACCAUUCCGGCCGGGGCCACCAACAUCGACAUCAAGCAAAAGAGCCACCGCGGGAUCAAACACGACGGCAACUACCUGGCCUUGAAGACAGAGGUUUCCUACAUCCUGAACGGGAAUUUCUCUGUGUCCACAGCAGAGCAGGACAUCCCAGUCCUGGGCGCCGUACUCCGGUAUAGUGGUUCCUCCACCACCCUGGAGAGGCUCUUGAGUUACCAGAAGCUCCGACAGGCAGUCACUGUCCAACUCCUGUCCACAGCCGGAGACGCCUCUCCCCCUAGGGUCAAGUACACCUUUUUCCUCCCCAGGGAUGUCCCCUUCACCAAGCCUGGAGCUGAGGGUAGAGCUUCGCUACAUGCGAUUCUGCCACUAGGGGGCUCAGAGUGGGCUCUGGGGGAGUGGUCCGAGUGCUCCAAGAGCUGCGGCUCAGGUUGGUCAAGAAGGAACAUAGAGUGCCGGGAUGGGGCAGGCACCCUGUCCUUCUCUUGUGAUGAGGACCUGCGGCCGGCAGACAUCCGGCCGUGUGGGGACCUGCCCUGCCCUGUCUGGCAGAUGGGUCCCUGGUCGGCAUGCUCAAGGACAUGUGGUGUGGGGGUGCGCCAUCGAAGCGUGCUGUGUAUUGACUACACCGGUAAGAUGGUGGAGCUAGGGAAAUGUAAUCUCGCCAAGAGGCCAGGGGUGGUUUCUUCAGAGUGCAGCUACCAGGACUGCUGA